AAGCCGAAGCCAGUGGGCGGGGCUUGUGUUUGUCAAUCACAGGCUACCGGAGCCGCAGAGAGCAGGGAGAACUCGGCAGAAGUUGACUGGAAGCGUGAGGAAGAGCAAGAGACGUCUGCACCAUGAGAGCCUGUGUCCUCCUACUGCUGGGGCUGCCUGUCCUGAUGGCACAGCAGACGUCUUACUUGGACUAUGGAGAUCCAGAUCCAUUUGGUAUCUCACUGUGUGUGUGUGUGUGUGUGUGUGUUUCAGAUUAUGGCCACAAUCCAGAACUCGCACCACAGCAGCCAGCAGGACAGAUCGCAGUGGAACUUCAGACAGAACCCACAGAACCCGGACCACUGGACUGCCGUGAGGAAAAGUAUCCCUGCACCAGACUCUACUCUGUCCACCAGCCGUGUAAACAAUGCCUCAACAACAUCUGUUUCUACAGUCUUCGCAGGAUGUAUGUUAUUAAUAAGGAGAUCUGUGAGAGGACUGUUUGUGCCCACGAGGAGCUGAUCAAAGCUGACCUGUGUCGUGAUCAGUUCCCACGCUGUGCUGUUGCUGCUCUGAUUGGUCAGUGUGGCACACUUGGAGGCAACUGUGGAAAAAGCUGUGGAGGCUGUUAAAGACAUGCACCUACAUAGACACACACACACACACACACACACACACCUGAACAGAUACUGUUAACUAUAAGCUACAGACGUCCCUCACACUUGUAAACACCUGCUUGUUCGAGGGGAAACUCGUCUCAACUCACUGACUCCACACUCCUCAUCAUCAUCACAUCUUCCUCGUAAAUCCUCCACACGUGUGUGUGUGUGCUUUUGCUAAUGGUCAAGCUCACACCCGCGGCCGACUGUGUGUGUGUGUGUAGUAGAGAGGCGCUGAUGCUGUAUAAAUAUAGUGAAGUGUGUCUGAUUCCUGUAACUGUGUGACUGGAUGAAUUUAUCUAAACCUGUAUUUACAUUUAUACUCCUCUUACAAAUCCUUAUGACUGUAUGAUGUCACUGGUGCUGUCGAACCCGGUGCUCCGGAGGAUGAUGGAGAGCACAGGAACAGCUGGAGGAACUUUAUUUUUUAAAACUUGUUACUGUAAAACUGUAUCACUUUGUACUGUUGUGUAUUUUUGUUGUGUUAUGUCUGUUGUUGAGCUUGGCAUAAAGCUGUGUGUUUAUAUACUGAUCCCCGAUCAGAUCUAUACCCGAUCUUCACCGCUCACUCCUUUACUAGAGCAACAAACAAGCAGUUUCAGUCUCUUGCUAAUGAGGAAUGCGCUACAGGACCUCCCUCCUGAGGCGUUAGAACUAGCUGAUCAUCAUUAAUGAGGUCAGCAUCGUGCCAUUAAAGAGAGAAAACAUCAUCGCCGUCAUCAUCAUCAGCCAAAAUCCUGGAACUGCUCAGGAUUCAGGAAAUCUGCUCAGCUUCUGCUCCGUCACAACGUGUACGUCUCUGCAGAUAAGAACCUAAUAAACACUUUA